AUGGGUAGACGAAAAGCUGUUCGUACUCAAGAUGAAGAGGAAGAAUUUCAGCGAUUGAAAAGGGAACGAAUAGCUCUAAAUCAACAAAAAUACCGCGAUAAAAAGAAAGGAAAUGCAGCAAACAAUAUAGCUGGACCAUCUAAAAUUUGCAAAUCAAGAAAUCUGUUAAAUAAUAGUCUAUCAGUUGUAGUGUCUGAAUCACCAAGUCCUUUGGUCGUAAAAAAUGUUUGCGUUUCAUCAGUAAUGAAACUUAUUAUUACAACGUCGACUUUGAGCAGUUCUGUUACAACAGUCAACAACUGCAUGUCAAAGUUACAGAGUAACAGUGCUUUGACAACUCCGAGUUCAAGAUUUGAUAAUAAUAAUGUUAAUAUAAUUAAAAGACUGUCAACCGUCGACGAAGUACUUGCGAAUGUCGUUGAAAAUACUACAGAAACAAGUCAGUCAAUUUCAGUGAAUGUAAAUGAUAAUAUUUCCAGAACUGAUAAUGAACAAUUAUUGAAAACACACAAUAUCACAGAUUUAAACAAAAGAAGAGUACAAAAUUACCGAGCCAAUUACAAAGGAUUUCAAAACAUAGACUAUCAUAAUUUAAAUCAACAUUAUAUUGGAAAAAUGGAUGUAGAAUGCCAACAUUGUAGAUCGAAGCAUUUUCAAGCUGAAAAAGUUCACAAUAAAGGUAACUCAUUCAACGAUUGUUGUAGUCAUGGAAAAGUUAUAUUGGAGCCUCUACUACCACUUCCUAAUGAACUACAACAGUUAUUUUCUGGAAAUCAUCAGAAAUCUAAAGAGUUUUUAAAAAAUCUACGAGGUUACAAUAGUGCAUUUUCUUUUGCAUCUUUCAAUGCUAACUUGGUUAAUUUCAAUGCACAAAGACGAGGACCAUAUUGUUUCAAAAUUCAAGGUCAAAUUUAUUAUCAAAUUAACACUGCAUUAUAUCCUGCUACAAAUGAACAGUCAAGUUAUGGACAGCUUUUUAUUCUUGACGCUAACGAAGCUACAGAAUGUCGUUUAAAUGCAAAUUCAAAUCUCGAUGAAGAGUUAUUGCAUAUGUUAGAUGAUAUUAUCCGCAGCAACAAUAUAUUUGCUCAGUCAUAUCAAAUGAUGCAUGAAGAAGUUCGCAAUCAAGAAAGUUCAGGUUCAAAUGUGCCUGAUUUAAAAAUGGGAUUCUUAAAUAAGAAAACAGGUAUUGAUCGCGGAAGAUAUAAUGUUCAAAAAACCAACGAAGUUGCUGCAAUUUUUUCAAUUACCGCAGAUGGAGAUAUUCCUAAUUGUUAUGUUACAAUUAGAAACAAACGUGAUAAAACUUUAAAAUAUGUUAGUACAAUGGAUCCAAAUGUUGAACCUUGGAUUUAUCCAAUGUACUAUCCGCACGGUACGCAAGGUUGGCACGAUGAUAUUAAACAAAUCAACGAAAAACGUGUGACUAGAUCCAUGUACGUUCAAUAUCGAAAGGCUGUACGUGAUAAUGUCAAUGUUUUUUUAAUGGGUAAGACUAUUUCAACAAUGGCUUGUUGA